AUGGAUGAUCAUUACCGUCGCAGCCAUGCGAAGACAACUGACGUUGAAUGCCGUGUUUGUAGCAAGACACUUAUACAACAGAACUACCAAGCUCAUUUGAAAAGAAAACAUCCCAAUGAAGAUUGUAACGACCUUCGCCCUAAAGAUCAAAGAACGCUUUUCUCGUUUUUUGGAAAUCCAUCAAAAAAAUUAAAAGAUGAUGCGAAAGAAGGUGACGAUGCUUUACUAACGAAAUCCCAUGAAAACAACACCGCAACUGAUGCUGAAUUUGGCAACAUUCAAGAAUCAGACGAAUUAAACGAAAACCAAAGUGAUCAUACGGAGGAGUGUGAAGCCAAAGGCGACGAGCGUGGUAAGCUUCAGCCAGAUCAGUUGCAGCCCCAAGAGGAAAUGUUUGAUCAGCGGAAGUACAAUCAAGCAGAAAGUCCCAAAGAAAGCGAUGGUGAAAGUCUUGAAAGUAGGGUGAGCACGAAGAAAAUCCUAGAACAGCUAAUAAAUAAGGUAGACGAACUAACAGUCGAAGUAAGAAGAAGCAAAAAAGACGCUGCACCAAUUCCAGUUCCAGGAACUAUUGAUAGAAAUGACAAUCUAACGAGAGACCUCUUAUUUCAAUGUACUUCCGUUACUGAAAUAACUGAUAAAUUAAGCGAAUUUUCUUUUGAAAAAGAAAGAUCGGUCGUGAUAUGCAAUGUAUGUGUGAAAGCUGAACAAGCAAGACAAAUUCGGCCUGCCAAAUUGGUGCAUGGAGUCUUCUCCUAUGAUCCAGAGAUGGACGAAGACCCUCUUUCUAAUCCCGAGUUUAAUCGUGAUGUACAGUCGGAAGCUUUUCGAAAUUUAAAGAAACACCUUAGACGGCAUUUAAUUGGGGUAUUGCACAACAGUAAUUUGGAUGACGCUGCCUCUGCGGAAAAUUUGAAGAACAAGGAAGAGAGGCGGGAACGCUCAGUUGGAAUGAAGAUUGGAAAGACUUGCUACUAUCUGUUUAAGAAAGGAAGACCAGAUACAGACUUCCCACAUUUACUACUUCUCCAGUCAAUGAAUGAGCUAGAUGUCGGCGAAAUCAAUCAUAGUGAACAAUUCCCUGCUAAGUUUCUUCCCUAUGUCGCAGAAGAGGUUGAACACAGACUGAAUAGUUUUCUGCAUAAUCGCCUUGAACAAACCGGUUUUCGACCAGUUGGAAAAGUAAUUGCGGAUAAAGCUACCUUUAAACACCGAACGCGUCAGUUUGUUUCUUUUGUUACUGUUGUACCUAACUCAACCGACCUUAUUCAGCCAAUCUUCCUCGAUAUUCAUGUGGUUACGGCAGGGCAUACAGGUCUGGCCAUUACAAAGAGUUUAUUUGAUCUUUUGAAUAAAAAGGACAUUACUGCGGAACAAUAUCAAGGAGGCUCUUAUGAUGGACAAUAUCAUCACCUUUCCGUUCCUGAAUUGUUAGAUGGUCACUUUGGGUUCACUGGUGCCAACCGGAAAUACUCAGACUGGGACCCAAUGCAUAUCGCUGGUACUAGAGAUGUCGCAAUUAGGAAAGAAACGCAGUAUAGCUGGCUCGUUCAAAUUACUGAAGAUAUCUCGUCAUUGUUCAAAGCAAUUAACUGGGGACAAGAAUUUGAACAUUUUUUUUCUGUAGCUGAAAGGUUGAAAUCGGAUGAAAGUUUUGAGGCAGAUGUCUUUCGCGGUUUCCCUAUGUUCUACAGCGAGACCAAAUUUGCGAACCACUGUGCAAAAGUCUAUGGGCAGCUUCGUAAGGACUAUCCAGCCCUUUUUAGUACAUUGGAGGAAACCCAAAUGCAUAACUCUGGUGCCAGGGAUGCGAAGAGCAGACAAACUGCGGCAGAUGCUGCGCAGCUCAAGAACAAAAUUGCGAACAAGAUGUUUGUUUUAACACUCUCUGGUGUCUGCGAUAUUUACGACACGUUUGGCCAUGGCAUCAACAUCCUACAAAUCGUGAGCAUUCUACCACAUGAACGGUUCGACAAAUUUAAUGAAGUUUGCGUAGAGAAGCUGCUGCAAAUGUCGAAGGUCAUUGAAAGUCAUGAAAAAUGUCCUUUGUCCAAAGAUGGAAAGAGGAGUUGUUUAUGGCCAAAAUACCACGGUGACCUACAGAGUGUUCUCACCACUGGCAAAUACCGAGGUAUUCCAAUUUUGGACGAUAAUCCCGAGCAGAACAGGACAAGACGUGGGUUUUUUACAGUUUUGCAAAACCAAAGAAUGGACGUAGUGGCAACAGCAACAACGCGUAUAAAGAAGCUGGCAGAAAGGUUAAGCGAGGAAUUAAGCGUCUCUGUUUUCGACGACCAAGCCACAUCUUUGGUUGAACAACUAAGACCACUACUCGAUUUGAGAAGAUUAGCAAACAAAGUCAAAUUGCGAGGAUCGACCAUGAUUGGAUCUCUGGAGGCAAGAACAUUCGUCAAAAAUGGAAAGAAAAUUGCGUCAAACAUCAUCCAAAUACCCGAUGUCGAAUUAGCUGCCCAAUAUAAAGAAUUCCUGCGUCGUUUAGAGAAAGUGACGAGCCGUAUACAAGAGAAAGAUCAACCUGAUAGUAUGGGGGUGUUGAAGAUGUUCCUUGACUCGGCAAGAGGACUAUUCUUGUGUAGAAUACAAAAUUAUGGAUAGAUUUUUAAAUGAAAUGAACCUCACUCAACUUAUUAAAUCGCCAACGAGGAUCACUGAUGCAACUCAAUCAUUGCUAGAUGUUAUCCUAGUGUCGUCGAAGUCAAUAGUGUACCGAAGUGGAGUAUUACUUACAUCAAUCAGUGACCAUCUACUUGUGUAUGCUGAACUUAAGAUUAAGUCUCCUAAGCAACCUUCGCAAUACAUUACAGCACGUAGCUUUAAAAAUUAUGUACCGAAUUAUUUUGCAGCUGAUCUUUCGGACAAAUCAGAUUGUCUCCUAUCUAUUUUUGACGGCGACGAUGUAAAUGCUAAACUAAACAUUCUUAACUAUGCGAUCCAGUCUACACUAGACGUUCAUGCUCCAAUUAAAACAAUUAAGAUCCGUAACCGACCAUGCCCAUUUAUUACCCAAGACCUCAGAAACCUUAUGAAAGAGAGAGAUCGAUUACAUCAACGAUUUCUACGUACGCGGGAUAUUAUAGACUGGGUCAAUUAUAAGAGCUACCGGAAUAAUGUGAAGAGAGAUCUUAAGAAGGCGGAGAAUGAGUAUAACUCUAAUGAAGUACGGCAACAUAAAGAUAAUCCGGGGUCUCUAUGGAAAAUAGUAAACCGUCUUAUACCAUCAAAAGGAAAAGAAAGACAAAUCUAUAAAGGAGACCAUAAAUCUCUUGCAAAUGAUUUCAAUCAGUUUUUUUCAUCGGUUGGUGAAAAUGCAGCAAGGGCGUCUUCUCAUCUAGCAGAUACUAACAACAUCAAUCUACGAGAAUCAAUCGAAUCAGUCGUUAUAACUGAAAUCGACCAAUUUAAGUUUAGAGCCGUAACUUGCCACGAAGUACGUCGAGUAGUUUUAUCGUUACCUCUCAAUAAAUCAUCUGGUCCGGAUAAGAUUAACCCACGGAUCAUAAAGGACUGUCUUCCGGUCAUUUUGGGUCCUUUAACGGAAAUUAUAAAUUGUUCCCUUCGUACUUCUACUUUUCCUCUGGCAUGGAAAAAGGCAGAACUUAUUCCUAUUCAUAAAGAAGGUGACUACGAGGUACCCUCAAAUAAUCGACCAGUUUCCCUUCUUGUAGUCGCAUCUAAAGUCUGUGAAAGAUUAGCUCUUGAGCAAUUUAGCUGUUACCUAACAAGCAACAACCGACUAUCCUCCCACCAAAGUGGAAAUAAAAAACUUCACUCGACAGAGACAUUAAACGUUUUUAUCACUGACACCAUCUUAAAGGCCAUGGAUAAACAGAAACUCUCAGCUCUAGUGUUGCUUGAUCUCUCAAAAGCAUUUGACAGUAUAAACCAUCAGAGACUACUUCAUAAACUAUCAAAUGUCGGAGCAUCCAAAUCAACAGUAAACUGGUUCAGAAGCUACUUAACAGACCGUUUCCAAUCAACCCGUAUUAACUCUACGUUAUCAGAUCCAUUACCGAUAACUUAUGGUGUACCUCAAGGGGCCAUUUUAUCGCCAUUGCUCUUUUGUAUAUACCUUAACGACCUACCCUGUGCAUCUUACAAUGGUGAUCUUGAAUCAUACGUUGAUGAUACGAAAACUUUGUUAUCGUUUCCUUUAACGGAAGCUGACACUGGAAUUAAAAAUCUGGAAGAAGACCUACAUAAAAUUGCGUCUUGGUGCUGUGAAAACAAUCUUUUGGUGAAUCCAGAUAAAACAAAAUUCAUGAUCAUUGGAACCAGGCAGCUGAUGAACGAACUUGAUGUCAAUAUUUCGAUCUCUUUUAUGGGGAAGAUUCUAGAACCUGUUGAUUUUGCCAAAGAUCUAGGACUUCUAAUGGACAGUCACCUAAGUUACGAUAAGCACAUAUCGAAUCUAGUGUCGUCCUGCCUUUAUAAACUGUGCCAGAUAAACAGAGUUAAAAAUAAUUUUGACAAGGGAACACUUACAAUGAUAAUCACUUCAUUAGUGAUCAGUAAACUGCUCUACUGUUCCACUGUGUGGUCAAAUACAACAUGCACUAAUAUAAAGAAACUUCAAUCUAUUCAAAACUUUGCAUGUAAAAUAAUCACAGGAUCCAAGAAAUACGAUCAUGUAAGCCCAUUACUCCAAAACCUUGAGUGGCUCACAGUUGACAAAUUACUCUAUUUCCGCCUGAUGCCGUAA